UGAUCAGCUGUGUCCAAUCACAGCUGAUCACAUGGCACUGAUGAUCAGUGUGCCCUGGUGAUCUGUGUAGCCCCACCUGUCAGUGUCCAUCAGUGCCAGCUCUCAGUGCUCAUCCAUGCCACCUGCCAGUGCCACAUCAGUGCCACAUUUCAGUGCCCAUCAGUGCCACAUCAAAGCCACAUAUCAGUGCCCAUCUGAGCUGCCUUUCAGUGUCACCCAUCAAUGCCAGUCAGUGCCACCUAUCAGUGCCAGUCAGUGCCGCCUAUCAGUGCCCGUCAGUGCUGCCUAUCAGUGCCGCCUAACAGUGCCAGUCAGUGCCGCCUAUCAGUGCCAGUCAGUGCCGCCUAUCAGUGCCACCUAUCAGUGCCAUAUAUGAGUGCUGCCUUUCAGUGCCCAUCAGUGAUGCCUGUCAAUGCCCAUCAGUG